UGUAUCCAAGUACCGGUAGGUACGUCUAUUAAAUAGUUCGACACGCUAUUAAUAAUUCUGUUUUGGAUUAAAUACACACACAUUAUUAUAUAGUUACUUACUUUAUUCAUGGUUAACUCACUUACGUUUUAUAAUAUUGAAAGAAGAUUAUAUUAGAACCAUGUCAUUUCAAACGGAGUUUAGUACAAUUGCCACCCGUGGCAUGGCGGUCACACCUCACCAUCUUGCCUGUAUGACAGCCUCAUCCAUAUUGAAACAAGGUGGAACAGCCAUGGAAGCAACCAUAGCCGCUGCUGCUACACUUGCUGUGGUUAAUCCUGCUAUGAAUAGCAUUGGAGGAGACGGUUUCUGGCUUAUAGUCCCACCACAUGAAGAACCGUUCGUUAUUGAGGCUUGUGGUGCAAGUGGCAGUCUAGCAACUGAAGAAUUUUACAAAGGCUUUAGUAAAGUUCCAAAAAGAGGUCCAAGAUCAGCAAGCACUGUAGCAGGAACCAUUAGUGGCUGGCAAGAAGCUCUUAAUUAUGUAUCUGAAUGUGGAUAUUCAAGACUAUCCGUACAUCAACUACUUAAAGACGCUAUUUAUUAUGCAGAAAAUGGUUAUGCCAUCUCAGCUUUAGAAGAAGCAGAUUUGACAGAAUAUGUGAAGUCGGAAACUGUAUCAGAAGAUUUCAAAAACACAUUUAUGCCAAAUGGUACAGUGCCAGCAGUUGGUGAGAUAUUUAAACAAAAACAACUUGCGAAAACAUUGAAAGAUCUAGCAGAGAAUGGGCUAAAUAGUUUCUAUACAGGGAAUAUUGCUAAACUCAUAGCAGAAGACAUGAAAAGUGUAGGGAUGCCUAUUACUGGAGAAGAUUUAGCGAAACACUCAGCUGUAAGAAAAGUACCACUAAGGCUGGCUCAUGAGCAUGGAGAAUUAUUGAAUUCUCCUCCACCUACGCAAGGUGCAGUUUCCUUAAGCAUACUUGGCAUUUUAGAUGCAUUAAAAGUUCAGGGACAACAUGAAGGGGUUCUAAUUCAUACAUCAGUAGAAGCAACUAAACAAGCCUUUAUACUCCGCGAAAACAUAACUGAUCCCCGUGACAUGAAACUAAAUCCUGAUAAUUUAGUAAAGCCAGCAAAUAUAAUUAAAAUGGCGAAAAAUAUUGACCUGAAUAAAACAUCUAAGUCUGGAAAUUGUGAAGGACCAGGUGAUACAGUUUGGAUGGGAGUGAUGGAUGAUAGAGGAUUCAACGUAUCAUUUAUUCAAAGCGUGUAUCAUCCUUAUGGAAGUGGCAUUGUUUUGCCCCAAACUGGAAUUCUAUGGCAUAAUAGAGGAAUUACUUUUAGUUUAGAUAAAAACCAUGUAAGAUAUAUAAAACCUGGUAAGAAACCGUUGCACACAUUGAAUCCAGCUGCAGCGAAACUAAAAGAUGGUAGAAUAAUGGUCUAUGGAACGAGAGGUGGGGAUGGACAGCCACAAACUCAAGCGGCUAUUUUCCACCGAUAUGUUGUCCAGGAUCUUAAUUUGCAAAUGGCUGUGUCUGCUCCAAGGUGGCUUUAUGGUGAUACUCUUGAUAAAGAUCUAGUAGAUGUGUUGAGGUUAGAAGACAGAUUUUCUAAAGAUACAUUGGAAUAUUUGAAAGAAAGAGGUCAUGUUUUAGAUCUGAUGCCGGCAUUUUCUGCUAAAUUCGGAAUAGCGGGUGCGUUAGUAAGACAUGUUGAUGGUAGACUGGAGGGUGCUUUUGACCCUAGAGGUAACGGAAGUGCUAUAGGAUACUAAAUCGAAUUCAUACAUUUUGGAAUUAUUUACCUUGUAUAUAAAACAACAAUAAAAUUAAGAAAAUAUAUAAAGAUGUCACAUUCCAGUAAUGUUAAACAAGAUAAUAUCUGUGAAAAUGGAUUGCGUUUAAAGAAGCGCACAACAGCUAAUCGUGAAACAAAUGUCGAUGAAAUUUAUUAUACAAUAUAUGAUCAUUAUCAUCUGCCAUUUUGAGUUUCCCACUGCUGGGGCACUGGCCUCCCCUAUAGAUGGAUAAGACGUAUGGACCGUGACCCACACGGCGGCCCAUUGGUGAGUUUUAAUGACCCCAUAUACAGCCAACGGCUUAAUGUGCCUUCCGAAGCACAGAGGAGCUCAACAUAAUAUAUUUUUGGUCACCCAUCCAAUGACUGACCUUUGUGAGAGUAACUUAACCAGGGGUUAACCAACUUAAGCGGGUCAUUAGCUCCUUCUUAACAUGUUAUACUUAGUAGGUAGUAAGUAAUUAAAAUUCUCACUUACGAGAUUUGCCCAACGGGUAAUCUAGUAGCUGGUAUAAUUAUUAUAGAUACGCGCAUCAUACGCAAUACUACAACCAGCUAGUGUAGAUUGUAAGUUCGUAAAGAAAGUUUUAAAUUAGACAAUCUUUUUGAUAUAUACCUCCGGUUACUGAACCGCACUCUCCAAUAACUCACAUUAAAUUGAGUAGAUAAGGGGACAAAGACUCUUUUGGUGUAAAUCAAAUCGAUUUUAAAUCGAAUUCAUUCGAAUAUUCCAACUGUUAAUUAUUACUUUCAGGUGUCUAAUAAUAUGCAUUUAUUCGCUUUAAGUUAUAGUUAUAUGCAGAUUUAGUAUGCUGAAAACAGGGAUCUAAAAAAAAUUAUGACUAUUUUUAUAGAGGUACCUCGUCACGAAUGAUGUAGUCAUUUUUAAUCAAUUUAACAUUUUGUACUCAAAAAAAUAAACAGAUAUUAAGGUUUACACAUGAGUAACUACUCAUUAUUAUAAUAAUUACUUAAGUGCAAUUAAAUAAUGUUGAAUAUUUUA